GGUUCAGUUGUGUGGUUUGGUAGGAGCUGAUAGAAGUGACAGGGUUUGCAGUGUCACUGGACUACUACUUUGGCUGAAGCCAUGGGGUUUCUCUUGAGAUGGCUUCUGUUGUCCUUGCUAGCUGUUGGAAGACAUCAAGCCCAUGGUCUCAGUAUUGGAUCUGCUAAGAAGCAUGGAGAUAAAGAAGUACCAGUUUCAGGCUAUCAACCAUAUUCAAGUGGAUCUAACACUGGCGUAAGCUCUUUAUGGAGCGCUUGGCUUCUUGGUGGUGAUGAUGGUUUAACCUCUCAUGCAUAUAAGGCAACAGUGUCUGAUCAGCAGCCUCGCUGGCCCCCCCAGCAACCGCAGACUGGUCUACAGCCACCUCUGCAGGUGCCCCAGGUUCCUAGCUAUCCUCCCCAACCGCAGGUGCCCCAGGUUCCUAGCUAUCCAGCCCAGCGUCCGCAGGUGCCCCAGGUUCCUAGCUACCCUUCCAAGCCGCAGGUGCCCAAGGUUCCUAGCUAUCCUCCCCAGCCGCAGGUGCCCCAGGUUCCUAGCUAUCCUCCCCAGCUGCAGGUGCCCCAGGUUCCUAGCUAUCCUCCCCAACCGCAGGUGCCCCAGGUUCCUAGCUAUCCUCCCCAGCCGCAGGUGCCCCAGGUUCCUAGCUAUCCUUCCCCGCUGCAGGUGCCCCAACCCCAGGUUCCCCAGAUGCAGCAGCAGCCUGGCUAUCAUCCCCAGCAGCAGCAGCAGCAGCGGCCGCAACAGCCCCAGGUUCCCCAGCGACCCAAGCAGCAGCAGCCUGGCUAUCCUUCCCAGCAGCAGCCUGGGUAUCCUCCCCAGAAGCAGCUGCAACAGCCCCAGGUUCCCCAGCAAACACAGCAGCUGCCUGGCUAUCCUGCCCAGCAGCAGCCCCAGCGUUCCAAGCAGCAGCAGUCUGGCUAUCCUCCCAAGCAGCAGCCGCAACAGCCCCAGGUAUCCAAGAAACUCCAGCAGCAGCCUGGCUAUCCCGCCCAGCAGCAGCCGCAACAGCCCCAGGUAUCCAAGAAACCCCCGCAGCAGCCUGGCUAUCCUGCCCAGCAGCAGCCGCAACAGCCCCAGGUAUCCAAGAAACCCCCGCAGCAGCCUGGCUAUCCUGCCCAGCAGCAGCGUCCGCAACAGCCCCAGGUUCCCGAGCAUCCCCAGCAGCAUGGCUAUCCUGCCCAGCGUCCGCAGGUGCCCAAGGUUCCUAGCUAUCCUCCCCAGCCGCAGGUGCCCCAGGUUCCUAGCUAUCCUCCCCAGCCGCAGGUGCCCCAGGUUCCUAGCUAUCCUCCCCAGCCACAGGUGCCCCAGGUUCCUAGCUAUCCUUCCCAGCCGCAGGUGCCCCAGGUUCCUAGCUAUCCUCCCCUGCAGCAGGUGCCCCAACCCCAGGUUCCCCAGAUGCAGCAGCAGCCUGGCUAUCAUCCCCAGCAGCAGCGGCCGCAACAGCCCCAGGUUCCCCAGCGACCCAAGCAGCAGCAGCCUGGCUAUCCUUCCCAGCAGCAGCCUGGGUAUCCUCCCCAGAAGCAGCUGCAACAGCCCCAGGUUCCCCAGUGGCCCAAGCAGCAGCAGCCUGGCUAUCCUUCCCAGCAACAGCCACAACAACCCCAGCGUUCCAAGCAGCAGCCUGGGUAUCCUCCCCAGAAGCAGCCGCAACAGCCCCAGGUUCCCCAGCAACCGCAGCAGCAGCCUGGCUACCAUCCCCAGCAGUGGCCACAACACCCCCAGGUUCCCCAGCGACCCAAGCAGCAGUCCCAGGUGUUCCAAGAGUCUUUUUACAUGCCCCAGAUGCCACGUUACCUGCCCAAGCAGCCACGUUAUAGUAAUUAUUGAACUUUGGCCCAAGGAGUUCUCCAAAUGGCUUCAAAUUGGUACAGAGCCACUGAAGACCAUGGAUAUGAACUUCAAUUAAAUCGACAGUCACACAAUCUGAGAUUCAGGCUUUCAAAUACAGACUUUACUCAAAUCUAUGUUUUGUGUUUCAGGCAUCGCAACACUGGCAUUUCUUAAAAUACUUCUUCCAACUGAACCAUUGUCUUGACUUGUCAAUAAACUCACUUUGUAUCCUGUAA